CACGUGGACCACGUGGGGAGGCUCUUCUCGUCUCCUACCAUUACGGGAGAACUGACGUUUCGCGCCAGUUCGAAGAGCAGAUCGGCUGUAGAUGGAUUUGGCGAACAAGCAUCGGUACCGAGAGAAUCCUCCGGAAUAAAGAUCCUUUAAGGGAGCUUCAAACAACCCUUCGCCAACACGUGCCGUUCGUGAAUCAGAAGAUAAUUGUUCCGGUUAAAGCGGAAAUCAUCAUUUUAGUGAUAUUGUUUUUUAUAAUAGUGUUGAAAAAUUUGCAGUGGUAGUGACAGUGGGAUUCGUGAUAGAUCGAUUGAUAUUGGAGUUGUUGAUGAGUCUUAGUAAUUUGUUAGAAUGAGGAUAGGACGGUCAUGCUGGGUGUUGCUGACAGUCGUGCUACUGUCCCCGAUCCAUGCCGAAAAGGAUGCUGACAAUAUCGACGUCAACGAUGGCGAGAAAGCUCAGGAGAAGAUAUCGACGUUACUGAAGCUGGUCGACGAGGACGGCAAAAACAGAACAAACAAAGUACGAGAAGUAGUAGCAUCCGCGAUGAAGAGACCGGAGAAGCGCGAACAAAUUGGCGAAGUAAUACCGAUAAUGCGUAGCAUGUCUCCGCCGCAAAAGUUGGCAAUGGCAACGAUAAUUUCCACGAAAAUAUCCAAGAACGAUACCACAUUUCCGCCACUCGAAAAGGCACAAUCCCUCCUAGGUGAUGGGAAUCGACGAGAAAACGCGAGCAGAGAAUUGAUGCUGCCGAUCAGCAUGGAUAUAGCGAAGAUCAUAUCCGACGAUUCCGACUCCGAGGAAAGCAACGAGGAGGAGGAGGACGAGAUGCCUGAAACUUUACCGGAGGCUCAAGAAUUGCGAUUAAUAAGGCCGCAAGAGCGACGACGGCCCGUGUACAUCACACCAUUGCGGCCACCGAGACCAUCUCCUCCAAACAGAAGGAAUGUUUACACAGGUCAAUCAAGGCCGCCCAUCAUGCGGCCGUCUAAACGUCCGAACGACCCGAAGAGAAGGCCCACGGAAAACGAAUGCACUUUCUUCACGAAGACGGUGUGUCUCGAGGCCAACGAUUAUCCGCACGAGGCGAUUAUGAGGAGUUUGAGAUCCAAUAAGGAAAUGGUAGCGGCAUUGUUGACCGACUAUAAGGCGCAAGAUUACGGAAGCGCGGAGGAAAAAUUACCGAGUCCUUUACCUUUGGAGAAUAAAUAUGAGAAUAGAUACGAGAGCAAUGAGAUUAAAAGAAGAUCCGACAAUCCCUUUGACAACGUGGAGGAGGGUUUCACCUGCCCGUCGACUGUCAAGUAUGCUCGCCCCCAAUUGGCGAGAGCUGCUUCCGGAGUCUGGAAGUAUAUAAUAAAUACAGGCGAACACACCCAGACGAUACGACUGGAAAAGUGCUCUAAUCCACAUUCGAGCUGCUCGUUCAUCUCCGAAAACUACCGGUCUUCCUGCGUACAAAUUUACAACUAUCACAGACUAUUGACUUGGGAUCAAAAAUUGGGAUUGCACAUGGAUAUAUUCAAAGUUCCGACUUGCUGCAGCUGCCAUGUACACGGCUACUCUGAGAUCUUUCCGCCGCAUCAGACGGAUCCCCCGACAAAGACUAAGGAGACGUUCCCGGGUGCGGACUUCGUGACGGUUAAUGAUCCCAAAGACGAUUUUCAGAACAAUCUCAAUCACAUCAGUAAAUAUACUUCCACCUCUAGUUACGACUCCAAUCACGGUACUUUUUUUCGAAAUUAUUUGUCAUCGUCCAUCCUUCGAACGAUCUUGUCGGUGAACGCGCGUGAUUUUUUUUCAGUGUCCAGCAAUAAAAAGCCGGUGCUGGACGUCAGCGUGACGAGCAGGCCUACCUUCACUAUUCCGAACAGAAACAGACCGAAGAAGCCCUCGUCGAUCCCGAGGCCGUACGAUAAAUUACCGCAGCAGCACGCGCCCAACACGCGAGCACCCGGUUACAAGGGUCCGCUGACUAAAAUCAGAACCAAUCGACCUAAUAGACCGCCCUUCAGACGAGAGUCCACCUCUCACGAGGAUUACAUGGAAUCUUCCCGUAACAGUUCGGCUAUCAACCGAUACAGUCAACCGUACGAUCAAGACGUGGAUGCCACGUCGAGGCUGCAGAACGGAGGCUUCGACGAAGAAUAUCACGAACCGCAUAGGAGAAUCAACUAUAAUUAUCACCCUAUCAUAGACUUUUUUAAACCGGAAGCUUCCAUGCUGCAAUCCGCGGAGCCGCAACUCACCGUCCAGCCAGCGACAAUUCAAAGCGACAAUAGCGCGUGGAAGCCGAUGAUAUCUUAGAUCCUAGUGUUCUUCCUUCGGAGUACCUGACAUCCUACUUUAAUGAAGAUUCCAAAUCACGUAUUUCGCGACGUUCGUAUUUCUUACGCUAAUCUCUACGCGAUCGUGAGAGAGUAUUAUUUGUUAGAGUUAGAGGGAUAUGUAAUACACGAUGCUCUCUGCAAUAUGGGAUAUCUAUAGGUCAACUAUGUACCUUUGAGAUUAUUCUGAAUUUAGAAAAUUUAAAUAAGAGGAAAAAAGAAAGUGUGAAACACACUUAGUUAAAUAUUUAAAAUAUAAGAUGCCGCGUAAAAAAUUUUGGCUAUAAACAGACUUUAUUUUGUAGGGUACUUAGUAUAAAACUCUAAAUAGAUAUUGUAUCUCUAAUUAAUUUCUUUUUAUCGUUAAAUCGUUUGAUAGGCAAUGAUAAAUUUUUAUGACGUAUUUUCUCGAACAAUUCCUUAUAUAGCAAGAAAAAAAGGAAUUAGGGUAGAGGACGUAUUAUGUACGUAAAUUUUCGUUCGGUGGAGUAUUAUGGCCACAAUGGGCAGAUGCAAUGAAAAAAUUUUUUUUUCUUUAACAGAUUCGUCUCGACCUGAUAUUUAUUAGUCGUUAUCUCUAUGAAUUAUUUAUAAAUUAUAUUUAAGGUUUAUGAUGUUCGUUUUUUAUAUCACCAAUAAAGUAUUCUUAGAUUGUUUUUCUGUCUCAACAUAUCUAUUUCAUUGUUUGACGUAGGCUUGAUUCAAUUAUACUACACUUCACUAUAGCCGGCAAGAGAAAGCGUUCGAAAUUUUAUUUGUAAUACAAGCAAUGCCAAUCGUUGAUACCGUAAAAUAUGCAUGAUCACAAUUUACUUGCUGCAAUUUAUUAGGAUCAGCGAUCUGUGAAUACAGUUUCACAUUUUGGAAGUCAAAAACUUCUUCCUUCCCGUGCAGCUUUUUUUUGUGCUAGGGUAAGUGACCAACGAUUCGCAACAAAUCGCAGAUAUUGGGAUUUUUAUUUUAUGCGAAACCAAGAGGAAAUGUA